GUGUGGUCCGCUUUGCCCGCUUAGCGCAUUCGCUGCGUCGCCUGGCGUACGUGAGUCCACUCCAGCUACCCCGAUCUUGGAGGGAGGAGACGCGCGAGACGCCGUUUUGUCUCAACAUACAACGGCGACGUACAACAAAGACGGCGAAAGUGUUGGGUCGACGACAAGCCAACCAAGCGUGGGUAGCAGAAGUACGUCAUGGCGAGUGGCCUUUUCCUCGACUGAUUACGCCUGGCCAAAAUUUGAGGGCUUGGACCUGCCUCAAAACUCGCCAAGAACAGAUGAUGCAAUAACAGAGACCGGCAAGGCUGCUCCGCCUUCGGCUCCACCACUCGUCAGCGAAAGAACGCGUCAAAAUACAGUCCUGUCAUACGGCGUGGCUGAACCAGACGACCUCGACCAUAGAGAGGGCGGAAAUAGAGGAUCCAGAGCAGCGUCGACCGAGGAGGAUUCUUCGCGUUCUGGCAGCUUCACUGCGUUGUUCCGGAGCGCACCAGGUAGACGUAAAACCGCUUCCUCGUCAGCAACAGGAACAACUCCUGCUGUUACCUUCGACAAAAACAAUAUCUUAGGCAAUAACUCCGGAUCUUCAUCGGAAGACGGCGCGGCCGG